GGGGGCCGAGACGUGAACGAGGAUCUCAGUGCGGUCGGCCAUAAAAAAACACGCUUUCCAGCCUCAUGUUGAAGCCUGCAAUCACCGUGGAUUCAUUCAAUAGUUAUGUAGCUACCAUGCUCUGUGCGGUGGUCGCUAUUGUCGUGUUGCUUGUCGAGGUUGUCGUCCAGGGGAAAUCGAAGCGGGGGAAGAAGAAAAAAAAGAAAAGACCCCGUGACUGCCCGAUUCGGACGCGUACCAAAGCUCCCGGUCGGAGAGGCCCCUUAUCCUCCCUUCAGUCCAGUCGACAUUGCCUCUUUGUCUCGAGGCCAGAUGGCUUUACGGAAUUGUUUCGGUAUGGAGGGAUGGAAUGUCGCUCGACAGAAGGCGCAGAAGCGUCAGAAACACCUCCAGGUGAGCGCUCCACUGGUGACUGCAAUUCGCCCCUGACAGUCACUGUCGGACAGGACUAGAUAAUAGCGUGACAUGCAGCCAGGGUACGGGGUAGUGAGCACAAGACAUGGAGACAGUUCUGCCGUGCAGGACAAAGGUCCUCGUUACUCCGUACUUUAUACUACAGAGGACUCGGCUGCCCGUUGAUCGAGUGCCUUGCUACGACGGGGUGAGUCGUCGACUGGCAUCACGCUCGCACUACCUACGGGUGCUCACGAGUGGAUAUAUAUGCUGUUGAUGACAGAGGACGGACUGCUGGGCAAUACAAAGAGACAACGGUCGACAGCCUGGUCCUAUUCUCAGGUUGCACAACUUCGCCGUGCGUCCAGGGGAUCCUGGGCUGCUGCACGAGAACGGAGCACCGAAGAAUCCAUCUUGACGACAUGUGAAACCUGAG